UGUUAUUUAACUUAUAAAAAUGUUUUUGUGAUGCCAACCAAUCAAUCAAUUAUAACAAAUGUCAAUAUUUCAAAAGUAAACAUGUAAACAAAACCAAGUAAUUUUGAUGAAACUAGGAAAUUUAACGAGAUGUCUUCGUUUUUGUGUUUUAUUUGUCAUAGUACAGUUGAUAAAGAAAUAAAUGAAGAAACGAGAGAAAAAUAUCGGGAUGUCCUUGGGAUGAACCUGUGUCCUGACUCUCAGCUGUGUUACAUCUGUUGCCAUGUUCUGAACAAGCUCUCAUUAUUCCGGUCAAUAUGCUUAAAACGGAGUUUAGAAUAUCCAGUAUUAUUCAGUGAAAAGGGCACCAUAAAUCUUCAACGUAGCAACUUAGAAGUGCAUGUUCUCUGUCCAGACGACUGCAUACAGUAUCAUCAUGUCGAUCAAUCAUACAAUUUCUCAUACAGCAGUGAUUUUAAUGAGAACACGGGCUACAAUAAUGAUAAUGAAUAUGUGAAAUUUGAAGAUGAAAAUGAUUUUAAUGAUAAUUUCAACACGUGUCAAUAUGAAACUAUUAACAAUAAAAAUAUUGAUAAUAAUGAUUUAGCUAUCGGAACAGAUAGUGCUAUAAAUGAAAAUAUUCAAGAAAAAUUUAAUGUAACUGAAACAGUUACAAAUGAUAUAAAUGAGAGAUUUGAUCAUAAUUGUGACAAUGAUGAAGUUAACGAUGACUGUACUGAUGAUAGAAAUAAUGAAAUUGUUGAAGCUAAUGAAAUAAAUGAAGAAGUAAUAAAUGAUAAUUUGGACAAUGAUCUUGAAAAGGUAGAUAAAGCUGAAGUAAGGAAGACAAAAAAAUUGAACAGAUCAAAAAAGAAAUGUUUCAAGAAGAUAAUUCUAAGUCUAGAAGAACAGAAGGCAGCACUAGAAGCAAGUAAAAGAGAGAAGAAGUACAUAGAAUCUGAAUUUAAAUGUUACAAUUGUGCCUUAGGUUUUCUCUUCAAAGAUACUUAUCAAGCGCACAUGAUGAGACAUGAAGAGUCCAACGGCGAGUACCAGUGCGCGACGUGCACGCUGCGGUUCGCGUCGGCGCCGCAGCUGCGCGCGCACGCGGCGGGCCACCGCGAGCGCCACGUGUGCGCGUGCGGGGCGCGCCUCACGCCGCGCGCCGCCCGCGCGCACGCGUGCCGCCGCCGCGCGCAGGCCGCGGCGUGCCAGUUCUGCGGGAACUUGUUCAGAGAUGCGAGUGGAUUACAGCAACACCUUAGGAGGGUGCAUGCAAGCAAAGCCGGGGGUCGUUUGUUGUCUUGCAUGGUUUGCGGUGAAAGUUACAAGAACCAAGCUGCUCUACGGACUCACAUGAUAAAACAUAUAAAACGUAAAUUCCAGUGCGACAAAUGCCCAGCGACCUACAGCAGUCCGUAUACCCUCACCCAACACAAGAGGACGCACGAGAAUGGUGGGCAACUACACUAUUGCACUACUUGCGGUGUUGGUUACAGUACUAGAAAAAGUUUGUUGGCUCAUAAGCGUAAUACGAUGAAUCAUCAGCAGACUUUGUUCGAAUGCCCCAUCUGCACCCGUCUCUGUCCAACUCAAAGGUCCCUGGCCUCACACAUACAAACGGUCCACUCGACCACUAAAGAGUACACCUGUCCGCAAUGCCCCGCUCGCUACACAAGUAGGAAGUCACUUGUACGACAUAUCGGUACACAUAACAAGAAAACUGAAGUCAAGAUGGCGGUUUGUCACUUGUGUGGGAAUUCUUUUAAGGGUAACAAUAAAUUAAACAGACAUCUACGAGAUGUUUGCGAAAAGACGAAAUUGGAGGAAGAAAUAUCAGAUAUUUAUUAUUAGUGAAUUAUUGAUAGGACAGGGCACAGCGGGAAAUGUCCUGCCCAAAAUCUGGAGCUGGCUGGGGAAGUACCGCGACAUUGACGGUGAUAUUUAAAUAUGUUGAAGACAUUAAGACAAUGAAAAAAUUGUAUAGAAAAUUUUCAAUUGCAAUUCUGACAUUGUUUAUAAGAAAAAUAAUGAUUUCUUUAAUCUGUGAUACUAAUUUAAGUAUUAAAUAAAUGUUUUUUUUUUCU